AUGCCGUCGAUGAAGCGCCCGGCUGCCUCCGAGGGAAGCUCUGCCAGGAAGAGCUUGAGGGCCGAAGACUUGCAGUUGGUGGCCGCCGAAGGACAAGAGCUCGACGAGAAGAUCGAGAACUUCAGGCAAAGCUCCGAGUGUGGAUCCGGCACGCAAGCGGUGGAUCAGUUCUUCAAGAACUUGACCACCAAUGAACGGAUGAGUAUUUGGAAGAAGUUUGAGAGCGACCGGCACAGCACCCGGGCCAAGGCCAAGGAAGUCAACGACGCCUUCGAGAACUUGAAGGGCAAAGGCUCGAUGGAUCAGAAGAGGUCCAUGCUGAAAGCAUGGCUGAAAGGCGGCUUGAAGGAGGCUGCCAUCGUGGCCAGCCUGGAGUUUGAGAACACCACGACCAAGGCCGAGGAAGAGGAGUGGCUGCCCCUCCACAAAGCGAAGUCGCACUACGGCGAGUCCGAGCUCAAAGCUCGCCUGGAAGCAGGCACGCUGGAGUGGAGGAAGUGCAAAGACGACAAGAGGUUCAUCGAAGUCCGGAAGGUGAAAGAAACCCGGAAGAGAGAAUCAACGAGUCGCCAUCGCAUGUCGGCUACGGGAACUGGGAAGCUUCAGAGCCCCGGGCUUUUGGCAAACCUUCUUUCGGAGAGCGAAAGCGAGGAGAAGAACAUGCCGGAGGACUUGGAAAAGUUGCUGGGUGUGAAGAAUAAGGAGAAGGAGAAGGACCAGAAAGCCUUGAAGGAGAAGGAGAAGGAGCAGAAGGCCUUGAAGGACAGGGAGAAGGAGCACGAGAAAGCCUUGCAGGCCUGCGACUCGGCGAGUGUCGCUUUGGACGAGACGGACAAGGAGAAGGCCUUCACGAAGCUCAGCACGGCGAUGAAGUACGCCAGUGCCACCCACGACAAGAUCGAGCAGAAGAUCCAAUUCGGCAAGAUGUCUUCAGAGAUGAAGGGGAUGGGGUCAAAGAUCAUGAAGUCCCUUCGGGCCGUCACGAAGGAUUUGCUGCCUUUGAAAAGCAAGCUGAAAAGCGCCAGCACAGCGACCAAGGCGAAGAAGCUGUGCCUCCAGAUGGCCAAGUUGAUCAAAGACGGCGAGAAGUGGAUCAGCGAGAUCCCCGCCGACAAGUGA